UUGAGGAUACAACUUUUCUGGUUCAUUGAGUUGGUGAGCCGUCAGUUGAGGCCAGCUGUUGAUUCUCUCGCAAGUAGUGUUCUUGAUGGAGCGACGCGGAACGGCGGCGGUCGUGCUUCUUGCGGUGGCGGCCCUCGCCGCCGCCGAGGCGCAGCUCUCCCCCGCGUUCUACGACGCGAUCUGCCCGGCGCUGCAACCAACCGUGCGCCGCGGCAUGGCGCAGGCGGUGCAGAAGGAGCCUCGCAUGGGUGCCUCCAUCCUCCGCCUCUUCUUCCACGACUGCUUCGCAAACAGCUCCGACGGUUCGAUACUGCUCGACGACACGCCCAGCUUCACCGGAGAGAAGAGCGCGGGGCCGAACGCGAACUCGGUGCGCGGCUACGAGAUUAUCGACGGCAUCAAGGCUCAGGUCGACGCCUCCUGCAACGCCACCGUCUCCUGCGCCGACGUCCUUGCCCUCGCCGCCCGUGACUCUGUUUUUCUUCUCGGGGGCCCGAACUGGACGGUGCAGCUGGGGCGGAGAGACGCCCUCACGGCCAGCCCGAACGUGAACCUUCCAAGCCCUCUGUCGUCGCUCCCCGCGCUCCUCUCGUCGUUCAGAGCCAAGGGCCUCGACGCCCGCGACCUCACAACGCUGUCCGGGGCGCACACGGUCGGCUUUGCCCGGUGCUCGAGCUUCCGCGCCCACGUCUACAACGACACGGCCGUAGACUCGACGUUCGCCGCGCAGCUCCGCGCCGGCGUCUGCCCUUGGACUGGCGGCGACGGCAAUCUUGCACCGCUGGAGCUGCAGGGGCCAAACAAGUUUGACAACAAGUUCUUCAGAGACCUGAUCGCCCGGCGCGUCCUUCUUCGUUCGGAUCAGGAGCUCUUCGGCGGCGGCGCCGCUAGCAGCAGCACCACGGACGGCAUCGUCCGGGCGUACGCCGCCAACGCAUCCCUCUUCGCGGACGACUUCGCCGCGGCCAUGGUCAAGCUGGGCAACUUGGCGUUGACCGGGAGCAACGGCGAGAUUCGGCUGAACUGCCGGCGGGCGAAUUGAAUGAAAGUUUAUCGAUGCAAUGUGUCCUGCGGUGCAGGCUAUUCUGGUUCUCGUCCAGUUCCCAUUGACGAGUUCAAAAUAUCAGACAGAAUAAAUGCCUGGACACUCUACAGGCAUGUUUCAGACC